AUGGGUGAUAAUCUAGCUGUUAAAGAAGCCAUAUAUCGUUUACGUAUAAGUGAACCUAAAGUAUGGGAUGAACGUUCAUUUCGUAUAUCACGUGCAAUUAAUUUUGAUAUAAAACGAAUGUUUUUACCAAAAGAUGAAUGGUUACAAUAUGAAAAUGAUGUACCUUAUUUACAAUCAUAUCUUACUGAAAUUGAACGUGAACAAAAUGAAGAAUGA